CGCGGCUGACUGACUGCGUGCUCAACAUGUACCAGGGCCAUUCACAGGGGAAAGACUCUAGGGCUGCAGAUAAGACUGUUGCCAUGGUCCUGAAGGAGAUACCCAGUAAGGCGUCAGCAGAAGGGAAGCCCCUCCUCACUGUGACUACCAAGCUGGUGAGUGAACAACAAGAGAGCCGGCCGCUUCUAAGCCCUUCCAUCGACGAUUUCCUCUGCGAGACCAAAUGCGAUGCGGUGUCUCGCCCAGUGACCUCCAACACAGCUGUUCUGUCUUCAACUCUGGACCUUCUGGAUCUCAGUGAACCAGGUGAGAGGAGGAACAGCAAGGAAAAGAAGAGUCCCCUGUCCUCACGGGGUGACAGCCACAAGAGCAAUCAUCAAAGAAAGAAGACAGAUGAGACGGAGCUGAUCCAGGUGGAAGUUGAACAGACAGACUCCACCAUGCCAACAUCAGAGAGGGCAUCUCUCAACUCAGUUGGUUCACCUCUGGAUAAAUGGGAAGAACUGAACCCCAACCCAGAGAAAAAUGGCAACAGGAAAUGGAAUUUAGAAAGACGGCGUUCAUCCAAAAAUUCUUCCAAUGAAUUCCUGUGGUCCAUAGAGUGCAAAACACAAUUAGAGCCAUCAAAGAACUCAUUGGAUUCAAGUAGCAAAGUGGAGUCGGAGUCUGCCCUGGCAUCACAACUCAACAGGCAGUAUAUUAGUGGACGACAUGCCCGGCUAACUAAGGAGCAGCGAUGGGGCAGUGCCCUCCUGUCCAGACACCAGUCCCUUGAGGAGGAGUUUGAGCGAGCCAAGGCUGCCGUUGAGUCUGACACUGAGUUUUGGGAUAAGAUGCAGGCGGAGUGGGAAGAACUCGCUCGACGGAACUGGCUGACUGACAACGAGCAGGCGCAGAUUCCCUCCACUGUGUCGCCGCAUGAAAAGGGUUACUACUUCCACGAUAAUCCUUAUAAAGACUUGCCUAACGCAUUUGAAGAGGGACUAAAGAAGUCUCGAGGGGGAGACUUGCCAAAUGCUGUGCUUUUGCUGGAAGCAGCUGUCUUGCAGGAUCCUCAUGAUUCUGAGGCUUGGGCAAGUCCUGGGACCACACAGGCUGAAAAUGAGAAUGAACAAGCAGCAAUUGUCUCCCUCCAAAGGUGCUUGGAGCUCCACUCUAACAACCUCCCGGCGCUCAUGGCCUUGGCAGUGAGCCUGACCAACACUGGUAUGCGCCAGGACGCCUGUGAAACCUUGCUCUGCUGGCUGCGCCACAAUCCCAAAUACAAGCACUUGCUUAAGGGCAAGACCCACCUGAUGGGAUCCCCAAACUCCCAGCGAAGGUUGUCUCAUGUUCCAAUGAUCGGCAGACAUGAAAGCUCCCUACUACCCGAGGUCAAAGAGCUCUUCCUGGAAGCGGCUCAACAAAACUCAGAGACCAUUGACCCAGAUUUGCAGACAGGCCUCGGGGUGCUCUACAACCUCAGCAGUGAGUUUAACAAAGCCGUGGAGGCCUUCAGUACUGCGUUGUCAGUGCAGCCCGAGGACUACCUGUUGUGGAACCGCCUUGGAGCCACUUUGGCAAACGGGGACCGGAGUGAGGAGGCGGUGGAGGCCUACACACGGGCCCUGGAGCUGCAGCCCGGGUUCAUUAGGUCCCGCUACAACCUCGGCAUCAGCUGCAUCAACCUGGGCGCACACAGAGAGGCAGCCAGCAACUUUCUCACCGCAUUAAGCCUGCAGAGGAAAAGCCGGAGUCGUCAGCAGUCUCAUCAGGUGAUGUCUGGAAACAUCUGGGCGGCGCUGAGGAUAGCAUUAUCCAUGAUGGACCAGCCUGAACUCUUCCAGGCUGCUAAUAUUGGAGACCUUGAUCUUCUCAUGCGGGCCUUCAACCUGGACAUGUGAUCUACUCUCAGAUUUCCUCCCAAUCAGCAACCAAAAGCCGAAAGUGUACAAAUCAGAAAACACUGGAUAUUUACGUUAGACAACAGCGAUAUUUAUGCACAUCAGAAAAAUUGUUUGUACCUGUAAAGGAUCGAAGGAGCGGGUUUUCCAAGCGCGUGGACUGACUGCUGUGCGACAGAUUUGCACUUCAAUUUAAAACUUUCCCUCAAGAGCACAAGGGUGAGCAAAGAUUGUACGAGCAAUGCCUUAGAGAACACAUCAAUUAAAAACUGAAUCAUCCAGUGGAACAGAGCGAGCCAGAGACGAGCAGUGUGCAGAUCUGACAAAGGAACCCGUCACACGCGCCGUUUGUACAGAAGAGAUGAGGAGGUUUGGCUGGGAAAAGGUUUCAUUAUUACUUUGAAAGAUUCAAGACUCACCGCCCUGAAGGAUGGAUUUAGAGAAGAAACGAUAAAGACUAGGAACUCCAAAAUCUGUUCCUGGCUUGUUUUUAUCCUCUGUCACUGGAGAAUAAUGAGAAUAAUAUGAUAGUGCAUGAAUAAGCAUUUCCAUCAAUGGAUUCCUAUUUAAAAUGAACAUACCUUUAGAAAAAUUUCCCUUCCCAAGCGAACAAUGUCAUCAAUCCUUGUGGAAUGUGCAAGCCAGGUUGUAAAGCCUUACUGAAAAUGCACGUGAAAAAAAAUUUAUUUAUACUAUUUUUAUGGCAACAAAAAAGCCAUUUUCCAACUGCUUUCUUUUUCUUUAAUUAAGUGCUGUCUUCUUGAAAGUUUGCGAGCCUUUUUGUUUGGUUCUUGGCACCUUUGCUUCUCUGUUCCCCUUUAUCCUGACUAGUGGGAAGGAAUGCACAAAAAAAA